GGUUCUGAACAUCUUCAUCAUGAGGUCGUUGCUGGUGCUGUGUUUGCUGGUCUUCCUGACUGUUGCCCUCGUGGGUGGACGUCGUCGGGAUCGCAGAUGGAAUGGUCGGCAGAGCUACGGCAACCGAGGAAGUCGAUACGGCAGAUUUAGGAGACCAAACAGAGGCUACCGUCAGUCCUACAACUCCCACAACCACCACAACCAUCACAACCACCACGACCACCACGACCACCACUACCAACCUGCUGAUCAUCCUACACUACAUCCCGUUACCUUCCCAUCAGAUCUCUACAACCAGCUUCCAGAAAACAUUCUCGGCAACGCUCUGUGCUUCAUGCUAGACACCAGAGUUCACGCCCGAAUUGAAGCUUUAAAAGCCAUAUAUAGAACCUAUCCAGAGAAGAAAGCUGUCCAAAUCGUCAUCAAUAUGAACCAGAUGAUGCACUCCAACAUACAGGAAGGUCUCAGUGGUUUACGCGAUGAAGCGCUCACUGCCAUGUCCCCUGCUGGAAAAGAGAAGUUAUGCAAUCUGCUACAAAACAUGCCUAACAGCUACAACGCCUGCGGCUUCCAAAACCUCAUCAGCGUCUUGGCCGACGAGUGCACACCUCAAGUCUCCCAGACCCCCGUGCAAUCAACACCCACGAUAGCUGCACCAACUACAGCGAGGGCAACUACAGCUGCACAAACUACAGCGACAUCAACUACCACUACAACUACAACCACUACAACCACUACAACCACUACUCCCACACUAAACUGCAACGAUAUAAGUACGAUCCGACGAGUUGCCAUAACAACAAGAAUUGUUGGAGGCUUCGCAGCACAGCAGGGUGCCUUCGACUCCUACGCCUCCCUCAACAUCGGAGGCAGCUCUAACCCCGUGUGUGGAGCUACGAUCAUCGACUCCUGCACUAUUCUGACAGCUGCACACUGUGUUAAUGACCAGACCGCUGAUCAAAUCAAAGUCAAUGUUGGCGACCACACAACCAUAGCAUCAACCACGCAGCUCAACGUCAACAGCGUCACGGUCCAUGAGAACUACAACACUCAAACUACAGCCAAUGAUGUAGCGAUCCUGAAGGUCGAUCCCAUUGACUUCAACGCCAUCCCCAACACCGCUCCAGCCUGCCUCGCCACCGCCGACUUCGCUCUGACCGGACAAGACUGCACUGCAGUCGGAGUUGGAACCACUAGCUUUGGUGGUCAGCAACCAGAUAAUUUCCUCCUGCAACAAGUGUCUGUUCCAACUCAGGACGGCAACACCUGCGCCAAUGACAACAGCAUCCUCGUCCAGAUGACCGACCCCAACAACCAGAUCUGUGCUGGUCAAGCGGGCAGAGAUUCCUGCCAGGGUGAUUCUGGUGGUCCUCUGUACUGUCAGCAGAACGGUCAACAAGUUCUGACCGGUGUGGUGUCCUACGGUGUUAACUGCGGUCAAGCCGGCUUUCCAGGUGUCUACGCCAAGGUAUCCAGCUAUGCUGACUGGAUUGCUGCUCGUUCUGGCUGUUAAACUUUGGACGCUGUAUAUGAUAAAUACUUACAAAAUUAA